GAAACAGUCAUACAAAUUCAGAGUUGAAUAUUCACAAAAAAAUUAGCGACAUCUAGCGCUCGUGGAAGUAAAAUUUUUAUCUGAGUUUUGUAGAGUCGUGACUAGAUGGCAGGGCUAAAGCCAAAAAGGCUAGAAGUUUAAGCCGUAAAAAGGUUAUAAAAAAAAAAAUUACUGACUUCAUUCAAAAUUCGAAAGCCGUUACGUUGUGUUUGUGGUGGAAUGUGGCUUGCUUGGUGAAUUUUGAUUACGCUCUCCUUCUGUAUUUUAGUGUUUUAAGUGAUUUCUUUAAAAAACGACGACUUGGACUGCAUUUGGACUCGGCAACUUCUUCACAAAACGAUUUUACCCGGCUUUUCAUAUUGGUUUCUGUUUCCUGCUUCAUUCGACUUACCUGCAUUCGUAAUCGGACAAAAUGCCCAGAAAAUCACUGAUGAAAUGUUAUUUUGGGUGUACUGUAGAUGGUCCACUGCAUCGAUUUCCAAAGUGGCAAUUCCAACACGAGGAAAAGUUUAAUUCUUGGAAAGCUGUAUUAAGUUCAACAACUCAAGAAUAUGGCAAUGAAUAUAUAUACAAUAAUGUCCGGCUCUGCUACAGACAUUUCGAGAAAUAUUUUCAAUUGCCAAGUCACCGGCUCACCGGAAAUGCAGUACCUACAUUGCAUUUAACAGCAGAAGGUCUUCAAGCACAAGCUUUGGGAUCUGUUGUGGCAACAUCUACAAGCACACCUCAUUCUUCUUUAAUGGAACCUCAACAAGUUGUUCUAAACAAUCCAGCUGAAGAACAAGUGACACUAACUACUGCUACAACUCUUCCUGCAACCAACUUUGAUUUUCUUUUAAAUGUUUCUAAUAAAGUGCCUAAAUAUAGAGAUAAAAGAUAA